AUGGCAGAAGAUUACUUUCUGGAGAAUGGAUGCUUGUUCCCAGACAUUGAGCUCUUUGUGAAGGCUGGUAGCGAUGGGGAGAGCAUUGGAAAUUGCCCAUUUUCUCAGCGUCUCUUUAUGAUUCUGUGGCUAAAAGGUGUUAUAUUUAAUGUUACAACAGUAGACUUGAAAAGAAAGCCUGCAGAUUUACAGAACUUAGCACCAGGAACAAACCCUCCCUUUAUGACUUUUGAUGGUGAAGUGAAAACUGAUGUCAAUAAAAUUGAGGAGUUCUUAGAAGAAAAGUUAGCACCGCCACGGUACCCCAAGCUUGCACCAAAGCACCCUGAAUCUAAUUCUGCAGGAAAUGAUGUGUUUGCCAAAUUCUCUGCAUUCGUAAAGAACCCAAGGAAAGAUGCUAAUGAAAAUUUGGAAAAAUCCUUGCUUAAGGCUUUAAAGAAGCUGGAUAACUAUUUAAAUACUCCGUUGCCUGAUGAAAUUGAUGCCUAUAGCACUGACGACGUUACUGUUUCUAGUAGGAAAUUCCUGGAUGGAGAUGAACUCACCUUAGCAGACUGCAACCUCUUACCAAAGCUUCAUAUCAUUAAGGUUGUGGCAAAAAAAUACAGAAAUUUUGAGUUUCCACCUGAAAUGACAGGGGUCUGGAGAUAUUUGAAUAAUGCAUUUGCUAGAGAUGAAUUCACAAAUACUUGUCCUGCAGAUCAAGAAAUUGAGUUUGCCUACUUGAAUGUUGCAAAGAGAAUGAAGUAA